AUGUCGGAAGAGCGUGGUCUCAAACGUUUCUCCGGGGAGGAGGAAGAUGUAGGCAAGCAGCUGAGACGCUGGAAGGCGUGGGCUCUUGCGAAACAGAUGACUGUGAAAGAUCUGCAGAAGACCCAGCGGGGUCCUUGGCUGUUUACUCUUAGAUGGUCGAGCUCUGGAGGCUUGCGGAAGACCUUGAUCGGAGCGGACACCUUGGAGUCAAUGGAGAAACUGCUUGGUGGCCGACCUGUAGUUCGAGAAAGACAAGUGAACAGCUUCCGCUUGGCAAUGGUGAGGCAGAGACUUCGGAGGUGCUCCUUUGUUGUUGGGCCGCCCGUCGCUGGAGAAGCUCAAUUGACCAUCGACUUUGCCCGGUGCACUGCUACCGUGUUGAAGGAUCCGAAGCCGAUUGCCCUUCACCGCAAUGGCGCUGGACAGUUGCUCCUCAACCUUGUUGACUUUCCUUCCAAGGACAUCUCCAAGGAGGAUGGCGAUGCAGCCAUCUGGGAACUUCUACAUGAGAGGUUCCCGGAAAAGAAGCCCCAUGAUCAGAUGGGAGUGGACCGCCAGGGUCAUGGAGACCGCAAGGCAGCCGUGGGUUUUCCGAAGGAAGCCCACGGUUGGAUUGCCUUACACUGUGCCGGCCUUUCGGAAGAACAGAAGGCCAUUGUGAAGGCCAAGACUCAGGGCAAGUUGGAUCUGGAGACAGUAAGCGCUGGAAGCAGGUUCUGCUUCUCUUCGCUCAAGGCGACGGGGGUCAAGACAAAGCGUCCAACCUCAGUGCUGUUGGCCGAGGAUGAAGACCUCUUGACAGACCAGUUGGCAGAGGGAGAGUCCUUUGCCGAUGUCGAGGCUUUCCUCGCUGACUAUGGCCAGGGCGAUGGUGCCGAGGACGCAGUGUCAGAAACUGACGCAGCCGAAGCCCUAGCGGUUUCGUGGAAGGAGAAGCGAUCCGAGAUCAAUCGCCUGCAGAAGUCUAGGCAGUUUCAUGCUGCAGAUGCUUCUCGACGCAACUUCAGAAUUGAGUUCGAGGAACUCAAGAAGA